ACCUGUCCCGCAAACUAACUGAUCUUUGGUGUCAACAUAUUACUCUCUUUAUCUUUUAGGACGCUUUCUAGACUUGGGCUUCAUUGGGAAGCUUACGCGGUUCAUAGAAUGUCUAUAUCUUCCUGCUCGUCGACCUGCUCGUUUUCUGAAGGACGCUAUCAAUCCAACACAACCUCGACUCCGACGACUCCCAGUGAACACCGCUGGUCUGAUGUUAUUCCUCCAAAGACUGCUCUGAAAUUCGCGGUCGUUUGGGAUUCCGAUGACCUCGUGGUGUUUUCAGGCGGAGAGCUUCUUGAAGAUUCUCGCACCGAAGAACUCCUGCUAGGGUCACCACUUUCACCAUCCGAUGCAUGUUCCCAAGCUUUUUCUGUAGGCCAAUCCACAAUGCCUCUAUCUGACAAAUCCUCCACGAUGUUAUACUUUCGGGACAACAUGGGUUCUGUCCUUACGGAAAAUCACCCGCCUCCCACUUCCGAUUCAGAAAAGCGUAUGAUUUGGGGGCGCACCCAAACUUCGUCGACGUUGGAAGGUUUAGAUGUAUAUUUACGUGGUUCAUUAAUGGGCCAAGCACACCGAAACAAUCGAUACUACUCAUGUUUGGAUAACCUGGAUGGCCAGUUCGAAUUCGAUCCCCGCACAUCUUUCGCGAAGGAGUACUUACGAAAGGUUGAAAGCAAGGAUAUCGUAGACGAUGCAGUCACAGACGAAGGGUUUUUUGAGGUGGAGAUUGCUCCUCGACAGCAUCAAAUUUUAGCUAAACCAUCUUCGAGGUGUGAUAUUCAUCCUACAGACGCGCACUCAGUCGCGUCUACCACCAAAACGUCGGACUUUGUCUCCAUUGAAGGUGAUGACGCGUCGUCAAUUUGGUCUACCGUAGAAGCCCCAGUGAUACCAUCCUAUCUGGGAUAUACCUCCAUGGACCAACGCCCUCACCUCAAGAGACGUCUCACAAAACCCCGUCCGGCUGAUAUGCCCGCACCACCCUCCGAAGUACUCAAACGGGAGGUAUUCAGCCAUGAGGUAUCCCUCCCGCCACGGAACGCUCAGGAAAAACAUUCAACUCAGAUUCGACAAAGGAAAUCUUUUGCAAAAUUGGUUUGUCAGAGAUCAAAAGAGAAACCUGUAGAGAGCGAUCAGUGGAUUUGUAUUGAAGUCAGUCACGAAUUAAGACAGCGGUUCGUGUAGGAGUCGGACGUAGCUGCGCACUUUCAUUGGUCGAGCUUGCAGGUCUUGCCUUUCCCUUUCCUUACUCAACGGCCACCUUCAUUUUUUGCCUUUGCUGUCAUUCUGUCCUUGGAGACGGGUACUUGUACUAAUAGAUGUUGUACUACGGUAUGAUUGGUUCAGGGAACGUGGAGAACAUAUGUAAAAAUAUCAGUACAUACUAAGGUACCUGAAGUUUGGGUUCAGGAAGAAGUGUGUAGGGGGGAACAAACAACUUCCACUGAGCUGAGUGGGAAGAAUUUCAGCCAUGAGGUUCUGAUAGUUUGGAUCGCCAUUACUUGCAGGGCGUUGAAGAAUCCUUGCCUAG